AUGAAAUCAGAAAAAAUAUUUCUGCUGUUUUUUCUGUUACCAAUUAUAACGGAUGAGACAGGAGUCUUUGACUUUAUCAAUGUGUUUCAGGACAAAGAUGAUUUACGACCUUUUGAUUCUUUUGAGUUUGAGGAUGAUCUUAAGAAGUCCUUAUAUGGGCAGCACAUUGCAAUGGAAUUGAUACUGGAAGCUGUAUUCUGGAGUAUGAAAGAUCUAAAUCCAUCAAAACCACUGGUCCUGUCUGGAAAAACGUAUGUCACCAAGAUCAUUGCAAGAAAUAUUUAUGUAAUGGGGGAAAAGAGCAAACAUGUCCACACAUUCACUGCAUCAAGUCACUUUCCACACCCAGACCAGACAGAAAUGUAUAAAGCUCAGCUUAAACAGUGGAUUCAUGGAAAUGUAUUACGUUUUCCUCGCUCCAUGUUUAUAUUUAAACAAACAGAUUUUAUGAACCCACAUUUGAUUGAAGCCAUAAAACCUUUCCUGGAAUGCAGAAACCAUGUAGAUGGAGUGUCAUUCAGAAAAGCAAUCUUUAUUUUUAUCAGUAAUGCAGGUCAGAUGAUCAAUAACAUAGCUCUGGAAUUCUGGAGGAAAGGUAAAGACAGAAAAGAAAUACAGAACACUGAGGAAAUGGAGACUCAAAUUUAUCAAGAUACCCUCAUGAAUAAAUACACUGGAUUUCAGCAUUCAUGUCUAAUAGAUGAACACCUGGUGGAUUAUUUUAUUCCUUUCCUACCUCUGGAACUGAAGCAUGUACGUCAAUGUGUUCUGGCUGAAAUGGCCAAUAUGAACAUCAGUAUAGCUCAAUACUCUGAUCUUGCAGAUACAGUGGUCAGACAGAUGCCCUUAUUCCCUCCAGAGGAGAAAAUCUUUUCUGUUAAUGGCUACAAGUCAGUCAAACAAAAGCUGAUUUUGUAUUUUAAAGAAUAGAUGAAAGAGACUUUAUUUAUAUACCUGAGCCAGU